UGCUGGUCACGACUCCAAAUGCUGCGCAAUGUCAUCUGACUAUGGCCGUGGAUCUGCUGGGCAGGAUCGGCCCGCAGAGUUGCCAGGGGGGCCUUGCGUGGACGCUCUUCUGCGAUCUACGAACCGUCCAUGUGAGCUCUUCCCCCUCCAAAAACCCGAAGUAACCAAGGCAUGUUUCGUUAUUAAUCAUUCGUCAGGCCUUGGUUGCUCUCAGUCAAUGGAAACCGUCAUUAUUGGCGUCGAAUCGAUGGAUGACGGUUCCUUUCGAGGGUAAAACCAAAAAAUCCUUGGAUUUAAUCUCUGACUUCCUCCUCCUUCUACCUGUUCUCUGUUCCAGUCGUCAAAACACAUCUGUUGCUUGGCUCGUGGAAAAUUUGCAGCACAUAUGGGAUACAAUCGUUGCGGAAAACCCUGACCUACCGCUGAAUACUGCCACAUCACCUUGUGGGAAUAGGCCAGCAGACCCCUGGCGCCUGGUGCCACCUGCAAUGCAGUACUCUAACUUUUCGACCUUAAUCUCUGUGGUCUUCUACAGCCUUUCAUGGAUCAUGGUCCUGGCCAAGGUCAGCCCUCAAACGGACGAAUUGGACAGACUCCUGCUCGAGACACACUGUGAUCUAGUUAUCUACUGCGCAACGGAUCAGAGUAUACCUACAGGUGUCGGAUAUAUCUGGAUAACAUUGGCCCUAAGGGCUGUUUCUGCCACGAGCCCAAACAGAAUGCAAUCCGAGGCCGCGCAGUCCGUCAUCCAGGAUUGGGGUCUCAGAACCGCGCUAAGCGACGUCCUACGCAACGAUCUAUUCGGUUCUUUUCCUUUGCCAUAAUUGAAUUUGAAUAGAUGCUGGUAUACCAAUACCUUGAUUCAUGAAUCGCGGUUCGGUGUUCACUGUUCACCGUUCACUAUGUCUGCCCGUAGUAGUCAUCUAGAUCUCCACAGUACUCCAGAUUAAAGCAGUUUAUUAUUUUACAACGAAGGUUCUCUGCAGCCACCAAGUCACUACUAGUAGCUAUAUUUUAAAUAAUUCAAUUAAUAAUCUUUGAUCA